AUGGGGGACUUCAGUGAGGGGCAGCAAGAAGCAGCGUGGGAAACUGAGGCCCAGGGACUAGCCCAGGAUCAUACAGCUGUGUGGUGGCAGAGUUCAGUUGCUAACUCAGGUCUCUUGCUUCCAAAGGAGGGCUCUUCUAUCUGCUCUGCUGUGUUGUAUCAGGUCACCCAUCAUCCGGGGCCCCCAUUAUGUGUAUAUUGCCAGCAGACUAGAUGGUCACUGUGGUUCCCCUCUGACCUGGCCGAGUUGCGGGAGCUCUCGGAGAUCCUUCGAGACUACCGGAGGGAGCACCAGGCCUACGUGUUCCUGCUCUUCUGCAGUGCCUACCUCUACAAACAGUGCUUUGCCAUCCCUGGCUCCAGCUUCCUGAACGUUUUAGCCGGUGCUUUGUUCGGGCCAUGGCUGGGGCUCCUGCUCUGCUGUGUGUUAACUUCGGUGGGCGCCACGUGCUGCUACCUGCUUUCCAGUAUGUUUGGCAAACAACUGGUGGUCUCCUACUUUCCUGAUAAAGUGGCCCUGCUGCAGAGGAAGGUGGAGGAGAACAGAAACGGCUUAUUUUUUUUCUUACUGUUUUUGAGACUUUUCCCCAUGACACCAAACUGGUUCUUGAACCUCUCUGCCCCGAUUCUGAACAUCCCCCUUGGACAGUUCUUCUUCUCUGUUCUUAUCGGUUUGAUCCCCUACAACUUUAUCUGUGUGCAGACGGGCUCCAUCCUGUCAACCCUUACCUCUCUGGAUGCUCUUUUCUCCUGGGAAACUGUCUUGAAGCUGUUGGCCAUUGCUCUGGUGGCCUUAGUUCCUGGAACCCUGAUAAAAAAACUUAAUCAGAAAGACCUGCAUUUGAAUGAAACAAGCAAUGCCAAUCAUCUAAAUAGCAGAAAGCACAUGUGAUCUGGAUUUUUUUGGCCAUGUGGCCCUGGACUGUAUUGCUUAUAUGUGUGAUGGGUGUGGUCCUCUACAGCCCCUCAUUGCUGUUAAUUACCCUCAACAGGUGGUUUGGACACAGUUCACCUGUGCUCAGUGUCUUGUCAUGAAAGACCUUGUGGUCUAGAAGGUGAGUUAUAUCAGGUGAAUUAAACCAGCCCUGGCUUAGUAGGACGCUGCGAAAUGGAUAGCCUCUCAGAAAGCCCUGUGUGUUUUAUUGAAUAACAGAGAACUCGGGAUAGUCUGUUGUGUUUGCCUCUUGCCAAGCCCUGAGCUGCCUCAGGAGAGGAUAUGGACUGUCCUUGUCCAGAGUGCCUCCUUUCCAAAGUGAUCGGCUGUUGUGACAGGUGUUCUGUUAAGUCCCUGGUGUUUGUUAUUAGUGUCAAUGAUGACAUGUGAACCCACGUCACUGACAUCACUCUUCAUCUUGCUAGUCUCUUGAAGAGUGUUUCUUCUGCACUUUUUUUUUCGGAUGACCUACCUCUUACAUAAACCAAGGGAAAGAAGCCCACAGACUGCUUUAGAACAUCUAUGUACAGCUCAGGUGCACAGUGAUUUCUCCGAUGCUCUUUGUGUUCAGACACACCAGUGUUACCAUAUAUGUCACAUUUCCUCUUGGUUGCACGGCCUGACAGUUAAGCCGAUUGCAAACAGACUAUUACAUAUGAAUGGAGCGAGCUAUGUUAUGGAUACGUUCUGGAGAAACUCACCUGGACAGUGCAGGUCUCUUGAUUCACAUGAACCAAAUGACCAGUGCAUUUUGUAAUCUGUCCUUUCUGUGUGCAAAUCCCUUCUCCCUCCUGCUAGGAGAAUGGAUUCAGUACGCUCAAAUAUUAGCCAGUAUGCCCUUGGAAUGUUUUUCAGUUUGUCAUUUGCUGAGAAUAACUGAGUAAUAAUUAUAUUUUAUCUUUUAAUUCUAAGAAGAAAUCUUGGAUUUGGGUUAUUUUGUUGUGUUUCAGUUAUCUGUAGCUGUCGUUGCUUCCUCUGGCAGCAGUAUUGAAUUGGCACAGACCUGGGUUCAUACUUCCAAGAACAGAAGGACCUUGGCACCUAACUGACCAGCUCUGGGAUCCUGUACCUCACAGGAGUAACUCAUCAUUUCUCACCAGAACUGUUGCCCUUGGGCAUCAUCUGCUGGGUUUUGAUUUGGCUUCGCCAAGAAUCUUGCCAAGGCUUUAAAUCUAGGCCACAUGUGCUUCAUGAUUUCUUGAGAAUAUUCAUUCUUGAGAAUGAAUUUCCAAGCAUUGUUUUUUUGGACUCAUAUGAUAAAAAACACACACCCACAAUAACUUAAUUUUUAAAGAUGUAUUGCUUUAAAGGAAGCUUGAUAACAAGGGUGGGGGUGAAGAGUAGGCCAACUGGACUUUGAAAUUGUGGAUCUUUGUUCUUGGAAUAGGGAGAGGGAGGGAGAAACAAGGAAACUUUCCACACUUUGCCCUUUAUCAGGAUCCUUAGAUUGGUCUCUCCCUCGUCCCAAUGAUCUUGCAACAAUGUGCCUUAUCAGUUGUGAGCCUACAGGCAAAGUAAUCUCCCAAAUAAAUGGGUAUAAAUGUUCUGUGGUAUGUGUUUGUCCAUGUUGCUAACUUUCAGUUCCCCUCGCCAGUGGGAGUCAGGAUUGGCUAAAGGUCAGACAAUCCCAACGGGGUAGCUCUCCCCUCUCAGGCGUUUUCAUCUUCACCUUUUCCAUCUCUAUGCUCACUUUAUAGUGGGGUCACUAAUAACACUUAGUAGCUAUAAGAUGGGCAGCAGGAAAGCCAUAGGGAAGGAGCAGAGCGCCUGUCUGGGCUGUGCCAGAAUAAUCAAGACGAGACUGUAACAAAAUAAAACGACAGUGAUCUCUU